AGAGUAAGCUACGUGUGCAAAAGACCAAUCAGUCUCAGGUGUAUCCCGAGGACAGCCGUGUCAGGAUCAAUUGCACCAUCACCGCCCAGACCAGCCAGGAAUCCCAACAUGCUGUACUGUGGUACGUGAGACGAGCGACGGGGUCAGAGGCCGAUGAGCUCCUGCUGAGAAUCGAACGCUCCGGGGCCUUCGAGUACGGCGCCUACGCAGAUGAGGAGAGGCUGCGACGCCGGGUGCAGGCCGAGAGGCUGUCGCCCCGCUCCUACGUGCUGACGCUGAACAGGGCCGAGAGCAGCGAUUCCGGGACGUACUACUGCCUGGUGGAGGAGUGGCUGAGUGACCCAGAUGGAGCCUGGUAUCGACUGUCCCGGGAGUCCUCAGGGUUCACACAGGUUCUGGUCAGACAGCCAGAAGUUCGACUGCAGGUCGAGGAGCUGGAGUCAAACGUGACAGUGGAAGAGUCCGAUUCAAUCCGACUUGACUGCAGCAUUCCCUCCCAGUCGUCUCGAGACUCCCGCUUCUCAGUGUCCUGGUACGUGGAGCACUCCGAGGACGAGGAUAGCGACGAACAGCCGAGCGAGGACGAUAGGCAGCAGGAGUGCGUGUUCUCGAUCGGACACGAUGCCGUUUUUGGAAACGGAAACUGCAGCCCCAGAGAAGAGGCGGGGCCUACCUCCCGUCUGCAAUUUGAGAGGAAGGCGUCCGACCAGUACAGCCUGACCAUUCAGGGGGCCCGGGCGUCAGACGCAGGGCGAUACUACUGCCACGUGGAGGAGUGGCUGCUCAACCCUCGCAAUGCGUGGUACCGCCUGGCCACCAACAACUCUGGGUUCACUAUUGUUAAUGUGCUGCAACAAGUGUCCACCCUGCGGUCGGUGGUGUGCUCCAACGAGUCCCUCUUCUACUUCGUCUUCUUUUACCCCUUCCCCAUCUUCGGAAUCCUCCUCAUCUCCCUCCUGCUCGUGCGCUACAAGGGCCGCAGCAACAGCAAGAGCCAGGAGGGCAAAAACGGCGCCCCGCUCCUGUGGAUUAAAGAACCUCACCUGAGUUACUCGCCUACCUGUUUGGACCCUCCUGCGCUCAGCCUGCACCCCGGCUCUGUUGACUAAGCGAAGGUCCCCGCCCCCCUUCCUGUCCCGCUCUCGCUGCGGAUCCAGCCAACACAAUGCCAGGGAGCAGAUGUGGACUCCACCUUCAGACCUUACUGUCGUUCACUGCUGUGUUGAAUUAGUCAAUCAGUUGAUCAGUUUUAAGAUUCCUACCCUGAUUGCUGCCUGUUUUAUGUUAACAACUGUGUGUGUGUGUGUGUGUAUGUGUGUGUGGAUGAGAAUGUGUGUGCCAUGUUAGCACAAUUAAGUGUUUGAGUGCAAACUGAAGGAUGAGAGAGUAUCACAAGUCUCUCUCUCUCUGUUUUUUUGUUUUCUGCGAAACCUAAUCUCAUAGCUGCAUUUUGAGUUUUUUAUUAUUCUGAAUAUGUGUCUAUUUUUCAAGAAGAGAAGAAAACUGCGCACAUGAGAUCACUGGCCAAUCUGGGAAGAAGAUUUAAGAGAGGGAACUCUAUAAUGGACUCUGGCACUGAGCGGAUGCCAAAAAAAAAAAAAAAAACACAAACAUCUCCGCACUGAUCCAAGAGCAGCCACAGCCUGGCCCACUAUGUUGGUUGCCAUAGUGAUGCUCUGCGCCCACUGACUUCGUAGCCGAUGACUUGGUUUCCAGCCUGCAUAGAGACAAAGGCAAGGACACACAAGUCUGUGUCCUAAGUGAGGAUGUGUGUAUGUGUGUUGGCCCACCUGCCUCCACAAUGAAUUUGCCUUGGCAGACAGAAACAGGUCCUGGUGCGCCACUUAAACACUGCCAGACACUCUGGCCUUAGCGAGAGACUGCUCCGCUCUUCUCCUCCAUCCUCCUCCUCUCCCAAAAGUGACAGCGAGGGAAAGCUAGGGAGGUCAGAACGGAUGGAGAAUAAAUGAACAGCUCUCUCCUGCUGAGGAUAUAUGUACUUCAACACAUGGGAUUUUUUUUUUUUCAGCCUCCUUAUUUCCAAUGCUGUUCUCCGCAGCCAGUAUUUGAAGUUUUAAAGAAAGGGGAGGACGCUGAUUGGUUCCGAGGCAGAUCGAGAACAUGUCUGCUUACCUCCUGCUGUGGGUUUAUCGAGCCUUGUUGGCAAAAGGGCAAUUUCUACACCCUUGUUGAAUCAGAUGAAUUGUCCUUCUUAAAUUGCACAGUGGGGGUUGCUGACUGAAAUUGAAUUCUUGCACUUUUCUUUAAGUUGCCCAGUAUAACCACUCUGUUGUCCUGUUUUUAAAAGAUGCCACAAGCUCAACUAAUGCAUAUUUAAGUUAAAAAACUAGACCUGGUCUGUUAAGAGCCACACGUCAGAUUACUAAUGUGUAGAUGUGUAGUCACAUACAGUAACACUCUAAAAUGUAUUCUGCACAUUAUAAGAAAACCUAGAUUUUUUUUGUGUUUCUUUUAAAGAUUUUUCUAUUUAUUGUUUUAUACUACUUUGCAUAGCUUUGUAAGAUUUUCUUUUUUGUUUUUUGUGCUUUGAAAUUCUCUAAAACCUGUGCUGCUUGCGUUGCCAGGCAACUGCACCCAAGCAGAUUAUGUCAAUAGCCUGUGUGUUGGCAACGUGGUAGAUGUAGAAAUGCUAGACUCGUCCUGCGCAUUGCAGUCUGUAGCAUUUCACACCAGAUUGUCAAGUUUGGUCAGUGUCACAACACUGUAUAUCUAUAUCUAUUAUGGAAGUUACUGUGGCUUUUACAUGUAUAGUAGUCAAACAGACAAGUCACAGAAAUUGAUCCACUUAAUGCUUCUUCGCUCGCGUUGCGUUUAUUUAGUGAAAUGUGAUGUAACACCUUGGUAGGAUGUUUGAUCAAAGUCAGCUGAAAAUGAACUACUGCGACAUCGUCUUCUACUUGUGGAUUCUCGCUGAGGGUUUAUCUCUUCAGUUCCCCCCUGACGAAAAGGCAGAAGGGUUGAAAAUAGCUUUUCCGCUGGAACUGAACAGCCGGGGAGACACGAGAAAUCCUCCUGCCUGACCCGGGCCCUAACCCUCUCACUGCCAGACUGGACCCGAAAAUGAAAAACUCUCGAAAAACUUGACAUCGUUGUCUCAAGUGUGUCAACAUGUAUAUUGCAUGAGUAUUGCAGGAGGAAUUUUGAUGUUUUGUAAACUUUGAAAUCUUUGAGCAUUGUGUUUGUGUGACAGAGCAGUGCCCAAUCCCCCCCCCCCCCCCCCGACCCCGACUUCCUGAGCCAACACAAAGCCCAACCCCCUCAUCAUUAUUAUUCAACUGCCAAUCGAACAUAUAAAGUAAUCUAUCUGGA